UCGAAAUUUCAUGAUUCAUCGUGAUUAAUUUGCAUAAGCCUAUAUAAAUACACCCGAAAACUUAAUCACGUGACUGCUUAUCAGCCAGAUCAGACCUUUAUUGGUCAUAAUCUGGCUGAUAAAGCCGAGAUCGUCUUCAAAACGGCAUUUAGAUUUUUAACUCGGACUGACAACGUUAAAGUUGAACAAAAUCGAGGAACGAAAAGAAAACAUUGUGAUAGAACUGAUUCAGACACAAAUCAAACAGGAUUUGUAGGUAGAAUAAAAAGGACGGCAAUGACAAUAUUAUCACAUCUCUUACCAGAUCAAUCACCAUGGGGUUCAUUUUGGGACUGGGACCCCAGGCAGCUUCACACCCAUGGACAUUUGUUUGACAGUUGGCGGGAACCAGUAGAUUCUUGGAGAGAUAUACAAAUUCCAAUACAAAUUGUACCUGGGCACAGAUAUCAGGAGCCUGAUUCUUGGGACGAAUGGUCUGACUCGGACUGUGAUGAUUACAACAUGAAUACAAACAGCAGACUGCCACGUAAACGGCGUUUGACUCAAACACCUACACAAUCUUCCACAUUCAGGCAAGAUUCUCCUCCACCAGUGUGCAUAGACUUAGAGAGUGAUCACAGUGAAAAGAGAAGAAAAGUGCCGUUCAGAGAAUGUCGCUUUAAGUAUUCGGACAAUGAAAACUUGACACAACCUUCAAGAUACAGGACAAGGUCAUCAGAGAAUAAGCUGGACAAACCUGACUAUGUAAUUUGUGAUAGUGACACAGAAAAUGAUAUAAACGCUACAUGUGAUUAUUCAGUGUAUGAAUAUUUGAAAGCUUUUUUGAACUCUACUGGAAGACAGAUUGACGCAAUCAGGGGAGAUGGAAAUUGCUUUUUCCGGGCAUUAAGCAAAGUGAUUUAUGGCAAUCAGUCAUUCUAUAAUGAAAUCCGUCAAGCAGUUGUGGAUGUUUUAGAGGAACAUCCUAAAAAGUUUGAGGCAUUUGCUGAUGGGCCUAUGUCACAGCACAUAAAAAGCAUGCGCGAAGACAAAACAUGGGCAACACAGACAGAGAUCUAUGCUGCAGCAACACUUUUAAACAGGGACAUUUACAUUUUAUCCCCUGAUCAAACAGGCGAGACUUAUCUCUGGUUGCUUUUUAAGCCUCAGUUUAUAUAUAAUAAAACUUACACUGGCUGCAGGUGUUAUAUUACUAUAUGUCACACGCAUGGGAACCAUUACGACAGAAUUGCUGCUCUCAAAGCCAAAGGAAAAUGUAACUGUGAGCUUGAACCACCAGAAAUGUCAGGAAUUAAAGAAUCAAUUGAUCUGACAGAUGAAAAUGAAAUAGUGUAGACAUUAUUAAAACAAGGCCUGGAUCUACUCUAAUCUGAUAAUUUGAGGUUUGAUUGUGAAUCAUAGAAAAUUACAAAUUACGCUGGGGAUUUAAAUAUGCACUAGUCUUUUUUCCAGUGAGUUUCUUGACCUGAUUAUGUUAAAUUCUUUACUUGUAUAGGAAUAUUUUUAACCAAAGUGCAAUUUUGACAAGUGGCUGAAUCAUCUUUGAAUUGCCGAUAGAUAUUAUUUUCUGUUGAGGGAGGAUAUUGUAGUGUAUUUCUUUUAAAAGGCUCGUCUGAAGUCACUUUGUGACAGAGAGGUUGAUAAAUAAUCAUUCUGAUUCAUUCUUAGGCCUAAAAAAAGAUUGUUUUUUGCCGGUAACAUGCUAAAAAAAUUAGAGUAUGUAGGUUGGUAAAUUUUUUUUUUCGAUUUUUUAGCUCGACUAUUCAAAGAAUAGUAGAGCUAUUGGACUCACCCAUGGGUCGGCGUCCACGUCCGCGUCCCGAUUUGGUUAAGGUUUUGUAUGUAAGCUGAUACCUCAGUAACCACUUGUGGGAAUGGAUUGAAACUUCACACACUUAUUCACUGUGAUAAACUGACCUACAUUGCAAAGGUUCCAUAACUCUAUUUUGCUUUUUUACAAAAUUAUGCCCCUUUUUCGACUUAGAAAAUUUUGGUUAAGGUUUUGUAUGUAAGCUGGUAUCUCAGUAACCACUUGUGGGAAUGGAUUGAAACUUCACACACUUAUUCACUGUGAUAAACUGACCUACAUUGCAAAGGUUCCAUAACUUUAUUUUGCUUUUUUACAAAAUUAUGCCCCUUUUUGACUUGGUAAUUGUUGGUUAAGGUUUUGUAUGUAAGCUGGUAUCUCAGUAACCACUUGUGGGAAUGGAUUGAAACUUCACACACUUAUUCACUGUGAUAAACUGACCUACAUUGCACAGGUUCCAUAACUCUAUUUUGCCUUUUUUACAAAAUUAUGCCCCUUUUUCGACUUAGAAAUUGUUGGUUAAGGUUUUGUAUGUAAGCUGGUAUCUCAGUACCCACUAAUGGGAAUGGAUUGAAACUUCACACACUUGUUCACUGUCAUGAUCUGACAUGCACUGUGUAGGUCCCAUAACUCUACUUUGCAUUUUUUUCAAAAUUAUGCCCCUUUUUCGACUUAGCAGUUUUUGGUUAAGUUUUUGUAUGUAAGCUGGCAUUUCAGUAUCCACCUAUGGGAAAGGAUUGAACUUCACGCACUUGUUCACAUUAUGAGCUGAUAAGCACUGUGAAGGUUCCAUAACCCUUUUUCCCAUUUUUACAAAAUUAUGCCCCUUUUUCGACUUCCGUAUUAAUUCAGUUGACAAGGCUGUUGAAUAGUCGAGCGUUUUAUAAAGUUGGGACUUUUAGGAAAUUAUUUGUGUGUCAAAAUAUAAAUACAUAUAAGGGGGUUAUGCCUUUAGAGCAUCAGUAGGUUGAUUUCUAACAUCACUGACUGUGUUUAAAGCAUAAAAAAUGCAGUUUAAAAAGUUGAAAAAGAAAAUUCUGCAAGCCAUAAAAACAUUUAUGGCCGGGCCAAAAAUUUAGAAUAGGUCGGGAUUUUUUAGGCCUUAGUGAUGUUAGUCACUUUAGCCUUGGGUGUUUUGGCGUUUGUGAUACUCCUGUGUCUGUCAUCACAGUCAACAUUUUUACUGUUAAACUGUUAACACUCUAGAGUUAAUAAUUUUGGCAGUUUUAAUGAAACAUGGUCGUUUGCCUCAAUAAGAUCUUGAUCAAAUUUGAAACCGAGUCAUCUUCCACCUUCCACACCAAAGUGGCCCUAUUUUUUACCAUCUUGGUCUGAUUCUCACUCAGAAUGUUUAUUUUUUUUUUAUGAAAUCCAGGUUAGGAUUGAAGCUAGAUGAUCUGUGGUCAAAAUUUGGGCCAUUUGGUGAAAUCAUAGAAUACCCUUGCUAACACACUAGAGGACAUAUUUUCUACCUGAUUUGUAUCUGUAUGAUAUUUAAGUCAUGUUCAAAACUAGGUUACACGAGAUUAAAAGCUGUAUCACCUAAAGUAAAAUCACAUGAAAACUCAUUAACUCUCUUAGAGGUCAUAUAUUCAUGAAACUUUGUCUAAAUGUUUGUUUUCAUGAAAUCUACGUCAGGUUCAAAAACUGGGUUAUCAGAGGUCAAAAAGUAGGUAAACGUUUAGUUAACACUCCACUUCUGACUGAUCUUUAUGAAACAGAAGUAAAAAGUAAGUCAGGUUAGUGAUAAAAGGCCUCCAUGGCCAUCUUGUUCAUUUAUUUACCAGUAUUUAUUAUAUUUGUUGCGUUUUGUUUUUGAAGACUUCAGAUUACAAUUAGGAUGCAUAGGGCAUUGAUUUGUUCAUCAAGUAUAAUUAUGUAGAUAUAUUCUAAAUUAAAGACUGUGUAAUUGUA